GCGGGUUGUACAUGGGACAUGUUCAAGAAUCUAGUCCGUGACAAGUACUACCCUUCCUACUAUCGGGCAGAGAUGGAGCGCCAGUUCCUAGCGCUUCAGCAGGGCACUCGUACUGUUGAUGAGUACGAGCGAGAGUUCACCAGGCUUGCAGGUUUUGCACCGGAUCUUGUUCGCACGGAGGCCCAGAGAGCGCGGCGGUUCAUUGACGGACUUUACCCAGCAGUCCGUCAUAACAUCGUAGGCUACGGGACACAGACGUACGCACGAGCAGUCUCCAUCGCCCAGGAGGUGGACGCUAGCAUCAGGAGGGAGGCAGUCCGUGAUCGUGCUCAGCCAUCCGCCCCAGCUCAGCCAGUUGCAGUUCCACCAGCUCUACCAUCUACCCAGCCGCCAAAGAACAACAAGAGGAAGGGGAAAGGUGCCCCGACAGAUAAGAGGACCCGACGGAGGCUACAGCAGAUUCCACCAUGCCCGACUUGUGGUCGACUUCAUAGGGGAGAGUGUCGCGCAGGACAAGAUAUCUGCUACUAUUGCCAGGAGCCGGGACAUUAUGCGAGUCGCUGUCCGAAGAGAUUCCAGCAGCAGCCUCAGCAACCACUACAGCAGCAGCAGCCACAUCAGCAAGCACAGAGGCCGCCUCAGCAGCAGCAACAGCAGCAGAGGGGCAGGCAGCAGGCCAGGGUUUACGCGGUCGAUCAGGCGGAGGCAGCUCAGCAGCCAGGUACUAUGUCCGGGAUGGUUGUUCUCAAUGAUAUUCCUGUGUUUGCGUUAUUUGAUACUGGAGCGACGCAUAUCUUCAUUUCACGACGAUGUCUCGAUACCAUCAGAGUUCAUGCCGUUACCGCUGUCGAUCCUCUCGAGGUGA